UAUCGACAACAAAAGAUCGCAAUCGCAACCCAAUACUGUAUUGCUACCACUCUGAACCAGUUUUACCCGUAUCUCAUAAUUCGUCGCUUACCACGUACGCAGCUAUAAUAUCAUGAGCAUUCAUUCCCAUUCUCGUCAGCACACUACGCCUCCAGAAAGCUUCACCCCCCCUUUGACCCCUCCUCCGACAGAUGAGAAGGGCCUAAGUUUGGUCUCGCGUAUCGUAGAGGACAUUAAGAAUCGGCAGGACGGACGCAACUUGACGACGUCGCCGUGGGACGUCUAUUCGUUAGACCCCAGAGGGUACCAGGAACUGCAGCACGAACUUGAAAGAGACGAGUCUCUCCGUGGGUUUGCACAACAUAAACUCCGGUACGACUAUUUCCCUUCUACCAGUCGACUUGUCAUUCGAAUGCCAACCAAUCUGCACAAAAUAUUCAUCAUAAGGAUCGUGGAGGAGAUACAAGUUCAAUUGGAGUCUUUUCAAGACACGUCCGCAGAGUUUGCAAAAGAGAUAAUGUCUGGAGGAUCGGCAUCAAUCAAAUUUACAGACGAAGAGUAUGGCAAGCACGAUCCUGAUGCGCAAUUUCGCCACUCGAAGGCCCAAUUUCCAGGAGUUGUGAUCGAGGUGUCGUAUUCGCAGAAGAGAAAGGACCUCGAGCGCCUGGCGGACGAUUAUAUUCUUGGAUCUGAUAGCGAUAUUCGGGUAGUUGUGGGCUUAGAUAUCGAAUGUAAAACCGGCAAGAAGGCAACGUUAUCUGUUUGGCGGCCGAACAUUAUCACGAAUGAAACUCAGGAGAAAGAACUAGUGGCCCAAUCAGUCGUCGCGAAUCAGGUGUUCCGCGAUACCAAUGGCAACCCAAGCCCAUCUCGUGCAGGAGGCCUUCGACUACGCCUUCGGGACUUCGCCACUGAAGCCCUGGCAGGGGCUGACGUCCAGCUACGUGAUCCGAUUAUUCUCCCUGUCAACAAAUUAUGCUCGCUUCUUGAGCAGGCGGAGGAUGCAGUCUCCAUCGUUGGGCAGCAGACUGGCGUCAUCACAACAUACAAGCCGUGGAUAAGGAAGCGGCGCAGGGAAUCUUCACCACUAGAGUAG